GCAUGAGAGAGAGAGAGGGAGAAAGAAAGAGAGAGAGAGAGAGAGAGAGAGAGAGAGAGAGAGAAAGCAGAGAGAGACAGGGAGCGCAUCAAGUCACCAGGACAGGCUCCAGCUCCACACACUGAAAAGGUACAACUACAAGCACAAGGAGGCUUUAUCCUACUAAAAUCAUGGACGGGACCAAGCCUGUGAUGGAGUCCAGCGCGGAGGAGCCCCAGGAUGAGGGCCAGGAGAGCAAAGGAUGCUUCGAGUGCUGCAUCAAGUGUCUGGGCGGGGUGCCCUACGCCUCUCUGGUGGCCACCAUCCUCUGCUUCUCAGGUGUGGCUCUGUUCUGCGGCUGUGGCCACGUGGCGCUGACCGGCACCCUGACCAUGCUGGAGAACCACUUCUCCAGGGUCACCACUGACCACGCCACCCUCACCAUGGUGAUCCAGAUCUUUCAGUACAUCAUUUAUGGCAUCGCCUCGUUCUUCUUGGUCUACGCCAUCGUCCUGUUGGGUGAGGGCUUCUACACCACUAGCGCCAUCAAGAAGGAGCUGCAGAGCGACUUCAAGACGACAGUCUGCGGACGCUGCAUCACUGCCUUCUUCAUGUUCCUGACCUACAUCUUCGCUCUGGCCUUCCUCGCCAUCUUCUGCUUCACAGCCAUCCCAGUUUUCCUGUUCUUUAACAUGUGGACUACUUGUGCUGCCAUGAAGUCUCCUGAGUCCAACAUCACGUCUCCUGACUCCAUCUGUGUGGAUGUCAGGCAGUACGGUGUUAUCCCCUUGAACGCCACACCUGGAAAAGCUUGCGGAGCCACACUGGUGGAUAUUUGUAGCACCAGCGAGUUCUACCUGUCCUACCACCUUUACAUCGUGGCGUUGGCUGGCGCCGGAGCCACUGUCAUCGCCUUGAUUCACUACCUGAUGAUCUUGGCAGCCAACUGGGGCUAUCUGAAGAGUGCAGCUUCCACGCACGAUUACCAAGACAUCAAGACCAAGGAUGACCAGGACCUGGAGGCCGAGGCGCGCUCCAAGGAGGGCCAGAACUCCUCCUCCUACUCAUAAGGACAGGAGCUCCUCUCCCGCCAUUGCCCAUUUCCUCUCCACACCUCAACCCCCAUCCCGCAACAUCCAGCGCCCGUUCCUCACUCCGAUAAAAACAAACCACCUCGGUCGUGUUUGAUAGUCCGCCAGACUCCUGAUUCUCCAUCCUCUUCCGCCUCCGCGACGCCUCUGAUGCUCAGAGUUGCGGGUGGGUGCUUACGCCCGCGGGGCAGAGAAUAGAGGGUCAGGAGAAGCAGCAGGCUUCGACGGAGGCAGAUGCUUCAGAACGGGAGCGCUCGCCCGCCCCGCCGGGGUCGAGCUCCAGUACGGUACAAUCGGUUCAGAAGCGUCUCCUCCCCGUGCUUUUGGGCGGCGGCUCGUGAACGUGGCCCAGCUGUGAUGGCCUCGCGCCCUGAGCCAGCACAGCCUCAACACAGCUCCGAAAAAAAGCCUAAAAAAAUAUACAAAAAAAACACAUUUCUCACGUCUGCUUCAGCCACUGGGAAGCCAGGCAGCGACCAGCUUCCUUCGUUUUUUUUUGGUGUUUUAUAUGCAUAUAUAUAUGAAUAUGAAUAUAUUGUGCGAAUGUGUAUGAAUGUUGAUGUUUCUUUUUUUAAAUACUCUCUGAAAGGUUAGCCAGGUACCAUUUUGAUCUUUUCUUCUAUGUUUUUGGGCUCAAUGGAUUUUUUCCCCCUUCCUUUACUUUUCUCUCCAUCUCCAACUUGUUUUUGCUGAUGCUCGAUACAUUGCACUAUUUCAGAAACAAAACGCUGAGGGAGAAACUUAAAAAAGCAAACUACCCCAACCCUCUCUCUCUCAAAUAUAUAGUUUAUUUAACUGCCAAAUCAAUUAAAGACCAGAGGGGUAGCAAACCUAUAAAGGACAAGUUUAGGAAGAAAUGUGGUUUAGAUUACAAGAGAAUCCAGAAGAACCAGACUAAUUCUUGGUAUCAAGACAGAAACAGUUAGGACGCCUGGCCAGGCUGGGUUUAGAUGGUUUUACAUUGAUACAUUUAUAAAACCAUAGCAGGAACUCUCUACCGUACAGUCGUGAGAUUGCCACCUCAUCCAAAUCCCUGCCAGGAGAUAAACAACCUCGCCAACGUGUUCCUUUAAGAGACCUUUGUGGUUUUUGCUCCAUCCAUCACCAGCGGCAGCAGAAGACGAUUACGGCCGGGUCUUAAGAGACACAACACCUCAGGUAUCAAACCAAAUCGGCUUUGUGUUCUUUUCCAAAGCUUCACCCAUUCAACUCUUACCAGAUUAGUAAACUGUCCUGUGUGAAUUAUAGAAUUAAUACCUGCUUUACUGGUUCUUCCUUUUGAGAAUGAUGUUCACCUGUAAAUAGCUAAAUCUCGCUAACAGAUUGAUCUCCACUUCUCCCCAAAAAAGGGAGAACACAAUCAGUGUUUUGCCAUGCUCUAUUUUUUUCCACCACAAAUAUAUGUAAAUGUAACCUUUGAGAAGUGUGUUUAGCCCUCAAAUACUAGUUCAUUUGAUAUAAUUGUAACGUAACAUCUUAAAUGAUAAUGUCGUGAGAAGGAUUCAGUGCAGUCAUGAUAUGAUGGAUUGGGGUGAUCGUGACGUAAACAUUUAAAAAGAAAAAAAAAAGAUGAGAUUCGAUUUUUUUAUGUUUUAGGCAGCUGGGUUUUUUUUUUCUUCUUGUGAUUCAGUAAUAAUUAUUUCAUUGAACAUGUUUGUUGCUUAUUUUUUCCAGCCAAAUGAGUGACUCGGGACCAAAAGUCACUUUUUUUUCCCUUAAAUUUUUAACGUCAUGCCUCUCAUACAAGCCACAAAGACUGUUUUGGAUGUUUACACUGAAUAAGACAAGUCAGGAAUUUUCAUACAUUAAUUUUAUAACCAGAUAUUGUUUAACAAUCAUGAACUAUCUUCUGUAUCAAGCAUCACUGGUUGGUUAGCCUGCAAAAAAAAAGGAAAAAAAAAGAAAAAAAUACCACAAAAAAAAAACUAAUUUUGGUACAACGAUGAGAUCAAGCAUGUCGGUAUCGUCCAUGUGUGCAGCUGUCUAUUCUGUAUAAAAAAGGACUAUAUUGCCGUGUGUUCUGUUUGAUAAAUAUACGUGCUUUGCCGCCAGGUUGAUGUAAAAGGCAAAAUUCAAUUUCCUAUAAGACGAUGAUGCGUGUCAGGGUGUUGUUGUUUCCUCGUUACUUGCAUGAAGGAGACAUGACUAUGUCUUCGCAGUUUUCAGGUGAUGUGUCGUCAUUUGUACCGACAACUAUGGUAGGCGGUGUUCCCCCCCCACCCCCUUCCCCGGCCCUUCCCCUCCUCUUUUCUAAUGAAAACUCCAUUGUACUUCGAUGGCAUUGUAGUCCCUGUAGGUGUUUCAUUAUGGUUUUAUUUUUUAAGUUGGAAAUAGUUCUAUGACUCCUAUAUAGUGAUGAUUUUUGUAACCUUCUCUAGUAAAACAGAUAUUUUUUAUUAUCGUGA